AUGGCCUCAAAUCGAGGAAUUCAGAUUGGAUCCGCGUGGUUUCAACGAAAGCUCAACUUGAGACCGCAACAUCGGGGUGUGCAUCUCGUUACGGAGGAGAUCCUAAAGCAGGUGCCCGAGUUGUCGCAGUUUGCAGUCGGUCUCUGCCACAUUCAAAUACUACAUACAUCGGCGAGCCUUGCGCUUAAUGAGAGUUGGGACCCUGACGUCAGAGACGAUAUGGAAAUGAUGCUCAACAAAAUUGUACCGGAGGGGCUCCCUUACCGCCACUCGUGCGAAGGUCCCGACGACAUGCCGGCACAUGUAAAAGCCUGCUUUCUCGGCUCAUCAUUGACAAUACCAAUCACAGAUGGGAAGUUGAAUCUUGGUACAUGGCAAGGAGUUUGGCUGUGUGAACAUAGGAAUCACGCUGGCAGUAGAAAGGUUGUAGUAACCCUGUCUGGUUGUCCCCGUGAUUCCCCGCUGUCUCCCGUGUCAGCGGCGUCUUGUUCCAGUUAG